AUGCUACCUUCUCAUCAGCUCCUAGAGUUUGCUACAGUAGCCUCCAACCCAUCGAUGGCUUCCUCCUCAUCCUCAGGUCCACUCAAGCCUGUUGCUGACCUUCCAUCAUCCUGCAGCCCUGCAUCUCAUCAUCCUCUUCAGUUUAUAACUAAUGUUGGUUUGGCUGCCUCUCAUGCUGAAAGCAAGGUUUCACCUUGCCGACAGGCUGAUGGUUCUCCAAGUGCUGAAGUAAUGGGGCCAGAGGUUAGCCUUCCAGAGGAUAUCAUUUGGAAGAUACAUGCCCUUAUGCCUAUUCAAGAUGCCGCUCGUGCUGCCUGCUUGUCUCAUGAUUUUCUUCACUCUUGGAGAUGCUAUCCCAAGCUCAUAUUUGAUAUGAGAGCACUAGGCAAACAAACAAGGGAUUUUAUCAACAUAGUUGACCACAUCAUGCGGAAUCACUCUGGCGUUGGGGUGAAGACAUUUAAAUUGCAAACUCGCGAUGAGUUCACUGUGCAUCCAAGUUAUCUUGAUCGCUGGCUGCAAGUUGCAAUUACACCUGGGAUCAAAGAAUUUACGCUAGGGCUCCCCAUAAAUAGCAAGCUGAAAUAUAACUUUCCUGGUUCACUUCUAUCUCCUGAGGCAGCACACUCAAUCCAGUAUUUUCACAUCACUAGCUGUGCUUUUCAUUCUGUAGGCAAAGUUGGUCGCUUGAGUGGUUUGAAGACUCUUUGUCUGCAUGAUGUUGGUAUUACUGGGGAGGAGUUAUAUCUACUUCUGUCCAAUUCCUUCUUGUUAGAGCAUUUGGAUCUCGAGUCCUGCUACGAUAUACAUUGCUUAAAGAUACCACAUUUUUGGUCGAAGCUUAACAUCCUGGAAGUGCAAUGUUGCAAAAUGUUACAGAUGAUUGAAUGCAGUGCUCCAAACCUCUCCACCUUCAAUUAUGAUGGUCCCCUGAUACAUAUCUCGCUUGGAGGUUCAUUGCAAGUGAAGAAAAUGCAAAUGACAUGUGCUAUUGUGCCUAUCCUGCUCCAUUAUGCUAGUGCCAAGCUUUUAUCCAUUGCGCCAAAUGUCCAAACUCUUUUUUUACACUCACUUUAUGAGACAGUCAAUACACCUGUGGUGCUGGGUAAAUUUCUGCACCUCAAGUAUUUGGAGAUAAAACUUUUCAUGCCAAGUCGUUCUCCAGGUUACGACUUCUGUUCUUUGGUUUCUUUUCUUGAUGCUUCUCCCACCUUGAAGACUUUCGUCUUGCGUGUGGAGGCUCCUACCAUGGAAGGUGGUUUGAUUCCUGGAGUCAAUAUUGGCGAGGACUCCUCACUGGCAAGUUGUCUUCCGAAACACCGACAUCGCAAGCUUAAGAGUGUGAUCAUCACUGGCUUUUGCCCCUGGAAGACAAUGAUUGAGCUAACGAGAUGUAUUCUUGAUUAUGCAACGUCACUGAAGCACCUUACCCUGGACACUACUAGUGGAUAUCAUAGGAGGAGGUGGGGCAACUGUUUCCCUUUGGGUAGGGAUACAAUUAUGGAAGCCCGGAAGGCUAUUGCGGCUAUCAAGACAUACAUAGAGGGGAAAGUACCUCCAAAGAUCAAGUUUAAGGUUCUUGAGCCCUGCAACUGCAAUAAGUGUCAAGAAUGUUGA